GUUAAAAUGCCCAGAUGAUUCAAGACAUCGGACAGUUGAAGAUAAAAUUCUUUUGAUUUCACAUUUUGGAGUUGAAAACUGAAGACUAAAACGUGUUCGAUCUUUAGCAGUAAAUUUUUAUUAACAAACAAUUCAUUAAUAAAAUUUUAAAAUAAAAAUAAAUUUUUUAUCACGCCAUUUACUAAAUAAAUAAAUAACUAACUAAUAAUGGAGACUCCAGCAAGUACAUCAACUCCUUCAACUACUAAAUUUUAUUCUCGUGCUGAAGUAGCUACACAUAAUGACAGCAAAAGUACAUGGCUUAUUAUCCAUAACAGCAUUUAUGACGUUACUUCAUUUUUAAAUGAACAUCCAGGAGGGGAAGAAGUUUUACUCGAGCAGGCAGGUAAAGACGGUACAGAACCAUUUGAAGACGUAGGACACUCAAGUGAUGCUAAACAAAUGGUGGAACCAUACAAAGUCGGCGAACUUCUUGAGGAAGAAAGAGAUAAUUCAUAUGAUAAGAAAAAGAAUAACAACUGGGCAAGUAGUGGAGACAGUGAUGAACCCAGUCGCUGCUGUAUGCUGAUGUGAUUGGAAAUUCCAGUGGUUCCUGGAGUUCAUGGCUGAUUCCUGUCGCUCUGGGUAUUUUAGCAACUGUAAUUUAUCGCUACUUCAUUGCUGCUCGCUAAGAAAAAUAAUUAUUUAAAAAACAUUCCCAAAAAUACAAACAAGAAGAGAUUAACUACAACAGUAGUGGAAGUAAUUAAAGAAGAAAGGAUGGAUUGGAAGAA